GUUUUUUGAGGUGGUAUUCAGCUUUCUUUUGUUCUCUCUCUCUCUCUCUCUCUCUCUCUCUCUCUCUCCUCAUCCUUCCUUCUUCUCUUCUUAAAUUCAAACUCCCUUUCUUUUCAUGAUUUCUUUAAGUGGAGAAGAGAGAGUAAAGAAGAAACUUAAGUAAAAAAAAAACCAAAGUUGCUAAAAAGCUAGAAGGGUUUGUGGGUGUCACCUGAACUGUUCCUUGAUCCGAAUUGAGUGGGAGAUUCCUAAGAGCCUAGUUAAAUCUUAAUUUUAACUACUCGAUCAUCUUGGGAUUUUCAAUUCCUUUAAAAUAUAUCCAUGGAGUCUGCAAAUCUAAAUCUCCAUCACCAGCAUCAUCAGCUCCAAGAUCAGCUUAUUGGGUCUUCUUCUUUAUCAACCCCAUCUUUCUAUGGAGUUCCCACCACCCGUUCUUGGAACUCAAAUCUCAGUUUGAGUGAUGGUGACUUCAAUCCAAAUGUCAGUGGAGUACUUCUCUCAAACCCUAGGGAUUCAAGGCAAAACAAUAGCAGUCUAGAGUCUCCUCUCAAUGCUUCUAUGAUUCAAGAACUAGGGUUUAAUUGGGCUAAUAAUGCAGGGAGCUUCACAAACCACUCAGCACAUCACCUUCAACUGGCAAAAAUCAAGGAGGAGUUCUCAGAUUCAUUACCCAAAUUUAGUGAUUCAGUUAACAAUCCAUCAAAUCUUGAAGAAUUUCAUUUGCCUUCUACUAGGUACAUUAAAGGUGAGCAACAAGAUUUCCAUGAACUAGGUGGGAAGAUCUUCUUUAAAAACUUCUCAUCUGGUAAUUGCCAAAGCAAUAUUGGACCACAGCUCUCAGCUGGAGACCUAUACUCUAAUGCUCCUCAAAGUUGUACCAGUUUUGGAGGAAACUUAAACCAGAUUUUUCCAACUAGUAAUAUUUCAUCGAACAUGAAUCCGUUGCCGCCUUCGACAUUCUCGAGUUCCUUGGAUAUGAACUUGCAAGCCUUGGAUCUGUUGAACUCAACAAAAUUUGGUGGGAGUUUCAGCCAGCUUUCACAAAAUAAUAUUGACUUAUCUAAAGAAAGGUUCUCUUGCAAUCCAGACCAUCUCCAAGAUUCCUGUCAUAAACCCCCAAACAACCUCAACAAAAUAUCAUCCUUCAAGAAUGGAGUUGCAGAAACAAAGAGACCAAGCAAUUUUCCAGAGGCAAAGGCAUCUCAUGGAGCAACCAACAAGAAGGGCCGGUUUGAAUCCCGCUCUUCUUUCCCACCCUUUAAGGUUAGAAAGGAGAAACUAGGAGACAGAAUUGCAGCUCUCCAGCAGUUAGUGGCACCUUUUGGGAAGACUGACACAGCCUCAGUAUUAAUGGAAGCUAUUGGGUACAUCAAAUUCCUGCAAGAACAGGUUGAGACGUUGAGCCUACCCUAUUUAAAGUCAUCUCGCAACAAGACUUGCAGAACAAUAUCGCAUGGGGGAUCGAGCGAGGAAGACAGAAAUGAAGAACCAAAGCGAGAUCUUAGAAGCCGAGGGCUCUGCUUGGUGCCGCUCUCAUGUACGUCCUACUUGACCCAUGACAUUGGAGGUGUUUGGCCACCUCCUAACUUCAGCUAAUGGAGGCAUUUAGAAUGAAACAUGAAUGACUCUUUGUUCCUCAGCCUUCUCCUCCUUGGCUAGCUUUGAACCUUCAUUAUCUUUCUUUGGCUCAUACUUUAAGCAGUAAUGUCCCAACUCAAGUAUCAUUUAGUGGAGCAAAUUUGGUCAUCUAGUAAAAAAUUUCCAGGAUAGACCAAAUUUGAUCCAUUAAUUAUCCUAAUUUGUAAGAUUUAUGUUCAUUAUUGAUUAAAAUUAGGACUCCAUUACAAAACAAACAACAUUGUGCUAAUUCUAUUGAGAAUAUUAGCUUUCCCUUUUCUUCCAUAAAC